CUUUGCUCCACCUUUUUCCGUGACUCGCUCCAGUCAUCCCCCAAAAAUCUAGCUAGCUAAGUAAACGAAUGCAUUGCCUAUUUUGAUCGCAGAAUCAAUUUGUUAUCAAUAGACAACGCAUGGACACAGUUUUGUUUGUGUCGAUGAACGUAAGAAAAAUACCUUUCUAGGCUGAUGUUUUCCAGGUAGCUGGCUUAAUAGCCUCGAAGCACAGCACAGGGUUAGUUAUCAGUACAGUAACUUAGCUAGCUAUCUUUGCUCGAAGUGUGCGGUGCCUAUUGUGUUAGCUAGCCAGCUAACGUUAACAGCUAUCUGAUUUGCUGUGUUUGAAAUAUUUUGAUACUUCUUUUAGUUGUCUUCAUUCUCAUCACCGGUGGAUAUGGGACUACUUUUUACCAAGCUGAUGACUGUCUUCGGAGACAGAGGUAAUCAUUUGUGUGCCUGGAUACAUAUAGCUAAUUUACUGGCAUUAUUGUUGCUCCUAAGUAAUCUCCACUCAGUGCCUGAUCAUUUCUGCUUGAUUGGUUUGCUAACGUUAGCUGCUUUGUAGCACAGUGUUGUUAUGGACUUAAAUUCGGAGACAACGCAAGAAAAGCUGUUAGACACAAGUUUUUUUGUUUCAACAUUUGGUUGCAUAUUUUCAAUAACGUUAGUGACAGCUUCAAAAAUGGUCAAUUUCGACAAAGCCUAACUCGUUGUGCUUCAAUUAGCCUAACUAGCUAAGUUUCUAACUACACCGGGCACCUUCCAAUAACUGGUUAAUUUCUGUCAGACACGAGCUAGUCCGUACUGGAUGUUCUGUUCACUGUCUCAACGUUCUGCACACGUGUCCUGUGUAAUUAUCUGUUUUCUAUGUAGCGGUAGAGGUAGUGAAUUGCAGUAAUAUUAUGCAACCAAUAACAUUUUGUCAAACAGUACUGUUUACCUCGUUGAUGAGAUGAUGGCAGGGUAGAGGUCGCUGGGUUUGACUAUCAGGGUCAAAUGGUCCUUGUUUUACCUAAUAGUAGCACUGCAAACAAACACAGAGAGGUUUUGUCCCUCUGGAUAUUAAAGAACGUCUGCCCAUGUUUUUCAGAUCUGGUAUUUUAAUCCCUCACUAGAGUCUAAAGAGAGUCCAUCAGUCAGAUGUGUUGUCAUAGUGAUGAGUAAUUAGCUUUGGGGUCACAUAUCUGUGAAUGGCAAUCCAUGUGUUUGUUAUGUAGAAGUGUGUAAACUACUUUUCUCUUUCCUUCUCUUAUAGAACACAAAGUGAUCAUAGUGGGCCUGGACAAUGCUGGGAAGACCACUAUCCUCUACCAAUUGUGAGUGAUAUCAAAAUAGAUUUCUAUAAUUCAUGUUCAGAUUUAUGCAAAUUAUAUUUAUAAUCACUUAGUCAUAUCAAUCACUCUGUCCCUUCAGCCUUACCAAAGAGGCGGUCCACACCUCCCCCACCAUUGGCAGUAACGUAGAGGAGAUCUCUGUACGCAAGACCCGCUUCCUGGUGUGGGACAUCGGAGGCCAGGAAAGCCUGAGAGCCAGCUGGAACUCCUACUACUGCAACACAGAGGUACGGAUCUGUUGGUGUGUGUUCAGUAGAAAGUCUUUGUCGAGGUACAGCAUGUGUGUUUUUGUUUACGUAAACAAAGUGUGCACGUGUGUGUGUGUUGGUUUCUGGCCAGUUACAGCUGGAGUAGAACUAGAACCCUGAUGAAGGUGUUAAUGCCUAAACACUUUUGGCUUGAACUUCUCUUUCCCUCCAAGACUCUCUGAAUAGCUACAGCUGGAGACGAGAUGUUUCAGCUUUCCAACGAUCAGGCCAACACUGAGUUAUUACACAUUAACCAGCAGAUGAUUGUUGUUGUCAUUGAUAAAGCAUGGGAACACUAUUACAUCAUCUGUUACAGAACCAACCAUAUCAGUCUGCUGUCCUGAGUAUCCCUCUUACACUCAUGCUCUAGACUGUUACUGAAAUCAUAUUCAACAGUUAUGAGAUGAGAGCACUCAGAGCCAGAGGUACAGUUAAGUGAGUAAGUUGGUCGCCUUUGGCCAGUGUAUUCAGUUGGCUUGAUUGUUUUGUCUCUCUUCAGAUUGUGAUUCUGGUUGUGGACAGCACAGACCGUGAGCGCCUAACUCUGAACAAAGAUGAACUUCACCGCAUGCUUGCACAUGAGGUAACAACCACCUGUUUUUGGGGGGGGAGAGGGGGGGUCAGUUCAACCUCACUGUUUAGAUUUUUUUUCUGAAUACCAGUUUCAAAUACAAGAAUGCACCAUAUUCAUUCUUAACUUCCCUUUUCCUGUAUAUGAUGCACCAGAAAUAUUAGCCGAUUGGUAUUUCCUUAUUGUAUCAACAGGUGAAUGAGUGAGGAUUAUUUUUAAGAAUAAGGGCACUUUGUUUUCUAGGUUGUUCACAUGUUCCAUUGUCACUCACCGUAUGUAGCUUUUUAGAUGUGCAAUAUGCAGAAAUCGGUCCGCCAUUUCCUGUUUGCAAAAAUUCUUAUAGUUCACCUAAUUUCAGUUUAUGUGACAAAACAAGCAAUGUAUAGUGUGUAUGAAAUAUAUUUUUAAUAACCAAAAAUAUUAAAUGUUCAGCUGUUUGAAGCUGGUGUAUAAAACCGCGUCUUAGACUUGCUUUCAAUGAGAAUGACAGAUCUAUAACUCACAUUUCUAUGUGAAUUUGGUCAGGUCGCCCAAAAAGUUACAUAUUGCAGCUUUAACAUGUUGACACGUGAGCUCUGUUCAUGCUCUCAAAAUGACUCAUAUCACCACUACAGAGCAAACAAACUGAUUGCAAACCAUGAUGGGUUGUUUCACCAUUUUCCCUGUGUGAAUCAGUGCAUUGACAGCUGAGCUGUUCAGUUUCUGUUCCGCUGACACUGCUCUUUUCUAUUAUCUGAGACGUCACAGCGGUGAGAUUCUGUAGAUUUCCACAGGAAGCUCUCAGAUGUGUAAAUAUGUUGAAUUUAAAAAUGAGAACCGUGGCUAUCUCUCUCCUCUGUAGCUCAGUUGGUAGAGCAUGGCGCUUGUAACGCCAGGGUAGUGGGUUCGAUCCCCGGGACCACCCAUACGUAAAAAUGUAUGCACACAUGACUGUAAGUCGCUUUGGAUAAAAGCGUCUGCUAAAUGGCAUAUUAUUAUUAUUAUUCUCUCCUGCCCUGUCUGACUGGUGUGUAGGACCUAAAGAAUGCUGCGAUUCUAGUUCUGGCCAACAAGCAGGACAUGAAGGACUCUAUGACGGUUGCAGAGAUCUCCCAGUGCCUCACCCUCAGCUCCAUCACAGCCCACUCCUGGCACGUACAGGCCUGCUGCGCCCUCACAGGGGAGGGGUGAGUACACUGCGUAACUACAGACACACCUGGGCCUCCUCUCUCUGUGUGUCUGUCUGUUAUAACAUUCCCAUCAUAAAUAACCUUAAGUAACUCAAACACAAUUUAAUUUUCAAAACUAUUUCCAUCUCUUUCUCCUAACCUCCAGACUACCUGCCAGUCUGGACUGGAUGAGGUCUCGUGUACUGGCCAGUUAGAACUCCUUCCGUUGGCUCAUCCCAAUUGGAACCAGGACAGCUAUCCUUUGACCCAACAAACACAACCUCUCAGACGUCGCAGCCAAAGCCACAGUGCCCAGAUUAGGACCUCCACUAUCUGUAGUGACACUGCCCCUCUGAGCCCCAGGGCUGGCCCCAGACCUGCCCUGUCACCCUCAUGCCUUACCCAGCCCUUAGUGUGUCUGCAAGGGCUUACCAGGGUCCAGGUCUGCCUCAGAAUAGAGGAGGCCUGGAGGAACUUGGCAGAACCUCAACUAGGCAUGCCAGGGUGUGCCAGUGUGCAUUAGCAUCUGUAUGUGUUUUGUGUGUGUGAGACUCCGUUCUAGAGGUCCACCAUGUUUACAUAAGAAUCCCUACCUGUCAGACCUGAUUCCAUGAGGGUGACACAGUAUGUCCCACAUAAGCUGAAUAGUGACUUAUCACAGUAUUGAAGCUUCCUGGCCUCAUGAACUCAACAGAGAUGGAAUGGGAGGUUGCAUCUGAUUUCUUUAACAUACAGAUUUGUACUUCUGACGUGAGGAAAACCACAGUACAACUGGUUAAAAGAGGCCAGACCUAAUGCUGAUCAGACUGGUGCUCAGCCUUCUAACCUAUCAAUGCACAAAUUACUUGAAGUAUUUAUAUCAAAGAAGAAAAAAGGGGGUUGCUUGACAGUGAAAAAUAGUAGCAUGCUUGCUGUUAAAAAAGUAAGAUAACAAACAAGUAUUGUCUGAUUUAAAACAGGUUCAUCAUGUAUUUUUUUAUACAUAUACAGUCGCUAUGUAUUUUACAAUGUAC